GAAACAGUUUAAUUCUUUGGUAGAAAAGUAUUUUAAAAGUGAUAAAAAUUCUUUUCGCUACAUCAAAUAUCAAUAUGAAAGGAAUUACAAUCCCCAACAAGAUCAGAUGGACAUACAUAUCCAAGGAGUUCUAAUUCUCAAAGACGCAACAAGAAUUGGAAAAUAUUUAAAAGCUGGUGAAAAAAAUAGAAAAAAAGAUAUUGCUUUAGGUGUUAAAGGUCUUUUACAAAUGAAUAAACCUCAUUUUGAAGGUGUUGUAAGCAUUGAAGACUCUGUUCGUUAUACUGGAAAAGAUUAUAACAAAUGCUCAUUACAUUACAAGAAGCCCAUUAAUCCAAAUGAUUCAAAAAGCAAACUUAUGCACUGUCGAUAUGAUUAUUUUGAUCUAGACAAACAUUGUGAAUGGUGCAAUGAAGGUUGUAAGAAAUAUAGAACUUGGGCAAAAUAUGAUUCAGAAUCUGAACCUUUUGAAUUUGGAACUUAUAAGGCAAAAAAUAUUACAAAAACUAGAAAGAAUAAUAAUUCAAAUAAAACUCUUGAAGAUGAUUAUUUAGAAGAAGUUAUUCAAGAUAUCUUAGAUGGGAAGCUUACUAAAGAUCAAAUUCUUGUCAAAUAUGCAAAAAAAAACAAACAGUGGGUUAAAAACAAUCCAGAGUUUGUUGAAACUAUGUGUAAUGCUGUAAAAAAAGUAGAAAACUUAAAUGACAAUCAUGAAAGAUGUUGGAAAUCUUGCAAUAUUUAUGUUUUUGGUUAUCCGCGUACAGGGAAAUCAUAUCUUUUUCAUAUUCUAUUUCCUAAAGCAUAUGAGAAACCAAGCGAAGAUUCAAAGUGGUGGCCAAACUUUAAUGGACAAGAAGAAGUAAUUAUCAAUGAGGUAGAUAGAAAUUAUUUUAAAUGGAAAGAUUUAUUAAAUAUUUUAGAUCGUGGUAAAUAUAGUGUGCAAGUAAAAGGAUCACAUAUUAAUUAUGCGCCAAAAAUUCAAUGUUUUACUUCGAAUGUGCCAUUAGAUGAAUUGUAUCGAUUUAAUGAAAAUGAAAAAUAUAUAUCAGAAGAAAAAGGAUUUAAAAAAACAAAUAGGAAAUAUUUUUUAGCAUUAAUAGAUAGAUUUGAUUAUGUUAUUGAAUAUUACAAAUAUAGAGAUGAUGAGACACCAGUAUGUGAAAACGAAUGUAUUUGUUGUAAAGUAAAAAGAAUAUUUCAUAAGGGUUUUAAAGCUUCUUUCAACAAUCAAGAAUUUGAGAUAGAGUUUAAUGACAAAGUAGAUGAAAAAUCAAUAAUUUCUAUAACACAAAAAAAAGAUGGAUUACUUUUUAAAAAAAGUAACAGAUACUAUUGGCAUCCAGAGUUUAAAUUUAAUAAAACAAAAUUUAUUUUGACAGAUUGUGAGAACUUCGAAGAAUUAUUUAAAUCUGAUACUACAAAAAAUAAAGAGAUUAAUAUGAAUAUAGAAGAAAACUGGAAUCCACAAAUUGAAUCUAGCACAUCUCAUAUUCAGGUUCAAGAAGAAGAAUCAAGUGAAGAAGAUUUAUCAGAUAUUAAUUCUGAUGAUUCAGAUUAUACACGUAAAAAAAAGAAAGGCAAAUCAGUUGUUGAUUCCAUUACUAAAAAUUUAAUAGCAGAAAAAGAAUCAGCAGAUCUUGAACAAGCUAUUAUCCAGUCAAAUUACGUAGAAUUAAACAACAAAUCACAAGAUCCAGAAGAAUUUUUAUCAGAAUCAGAAUUGUACGAAUCAGAUGUUAUACUUGAUAUUUCUGAAGAUAUGCCAAAAAAUACUAAGAAACGCAAGCAUAUAGAUGAUAAUAUUUCUAAAAAUUUUGAACAAAAAAACAAAGAUAAUCCUGAAUUUAAACAGUUAAAAAGAUUAUUUAAGUAA